AUCAACGCUCAUCAUCAUUACCACUUACACAACACCAGCGACAAGAUGCUGUCUGAACACGGACAGUUUACGGCGAUUGUUCUGUGUUUCACUCUGACUCUCUGUCAUGCAUGGACAACCUGUCCCACUCUCAAGCCACCGUUGAGAGGCUCGGUGCGGAUCGACCAUCGCUCUAUCGGCGGGACAAGCUCUAGAGCCACAUAUUCUUGUCAACCGGGCUACUACGUGAGCACUACGUUCGACACCCGCGUCUGCUUGGCGAGCAGGUGGCUGGGACCCAACCCCACGUGUGAGAAAUCACUUUGUCCAACUCUGUCUGCUCCGUCUCCCGGUGGUCUGGUGACAACCGACGUGCGCAAGAGUUCAGGCCAAGCCACCUACAGUUGCCGCGGCAAUUACCACCUUGUCGGUCAACAUGUGAGAGAGUGUAAAGACGGCAGAUGGCAAGGCAACGCACCUCUCUGCGUGGCGUGCCGAUUUCCUUCUCCUCCUGAAUUUGGUUUGGGACCUCAGAUUGUCAACAUUGCAGAUCAGCUACAAAUUGCUACCUACAAAUGUGAAGUAGGUUACAAGCUGGUCGGUGAAGCUAAUCUUGUCUGCCGUAAUGGCUUGAUAAUUGGGAAACUACCAACUUGCCAAUUGGAUGUGUUUGGAGGUGACAAUGGAAUCUGUGACUUCUCGGACGUCUCAGAGCAGUGUCAAUACGUCAAUGAUGCAAACGCUCCAUACCAGUGGGAAAUUAAAGACACAAUUUGUCCUUCACCUCUUGUCAGCCCAGGUUCUAAAACACCGACCAAUACUUCUCAACCAACACUUCCAAGCAUAUCUUUGAGACCAUUGCCCGCUUUCCUGCAGAGUUUAGUGGAUGACAUCAACUCGGUUGUCUCACAACUAAAGCAAGUUACCAGUAAUGACGACGACGACGACGACGACGACGACGACGAUGAUGGUGAUGAUGACGACGAUGAUACACAGAAGAAACCAAUUGCUUUGCCACUGUGUUCUGAGUCACCUAAACCCACUACAACACUGGUAGUGUAUUUUCCCAAGUCUCAAUCACCUAAAUCUUUCACAUCUAUGCAGAAAGCGUCUGAUGAUGACGACGACGACGACGACGACAAAAAGAGUGAUGACUUAGUUCCUGUGGCUAGUCCUCUUGUAGGGAAAGCAGUCGCACCAGUUAUUGACCAUGCUUCAUUCGAGGUUGGGCUAAUGUCAAUAUCUCAUGCCAAGUACAUCAAGUUCACUUUGGAUGUACCUGUUGAGGCAUUGCAUCACGUGAUCAUAGUUUCUGGACAUUGCUUUCCAGAUCCCCCUGGUUCGCAAUACCCUGUUCACGUGACACCUACUCUGUCCGGUCCUCAACCAUACAACCACAAUUUCUGUUUGAAUAUUGACAGCAAAGUCAGAUGUGAUUCGUCUCAGUCUUUCACCUUUGGUAUCCGUGUUACCAUAUACUUUAUUUAUGUCAGUAACACGCCUGCACAGAUCACGUUCCAACCCAAGGGUGCUUAUCGAACCUUUUCUGAAGCUCAAUGUCUGGGAACUAAGGGUGACAACGAGUGAUCAAGGUUUAUUGUGAAAGGUAAACUGAUUGAUAUUGACUGAGACUGAUUGCUGAUUUCAAUGAGUAGUUAUUGACUGUUUUUGUAGAAGAAAGUUAUGUUAGAGGACGUUUAAAUAAGAAUAGUAGUAGGGUAGUGGGUUGAUGCGAUUCUGUGUUUGCUUUGUUUUGUUGUUAGGUUAGCUACUAGAGACACACAAGCCAAUGAUAUUUGGCUUCAGAAA